AUGAUAAUUUGGUUCAUCAUUAAACUAAUAAAUUACCAAAUUCAUCAAGAUUUUGACAAUCAAGGGCAGCAAGUGGCUGAUUUUGUGCCGCAUCCAGUUCCUAAUACAGAACAAGAUGAAGAACCUCCAUUCGGAAUAUCAAAAUCCAUAUGGAGAAUUCGAGAUCAUUUAACAGAUUUUAACGUAAUAGAUAUAAAUACGAUUGUUUCAGAAGCAAUAAGAGAAGGAUAUAACCCAAGCGAGCUAUUCCAUUUCUACGAAUUGUAUCAAAGCGGUCAACUUUCUGGAUAUUCAAUGACAAUCAACAGAGAUACAGGAAUUACAGCAGUUCCAACAGAAAUACACAUAUUUGGAUGCAAGUUCAAAGUCACCUGGACACGAAAAGACCUCGAAAGUUGGUUUGAUCGUCCAUUUAAGUUAAUUGAUGUCGUAGUGUCUCCUCUUUUCGCAGCUGUGUGUGGAAUUCUUUGUUUACUUAACUCAAACUUCAUAAAUUCGGCAAGCAAAGCUAUUUUCGUCUUUUCUACAGCAUCAGCUCAAUAUUCUCUAUUACUUGCACCAAAUCCAGACAGUUCUUCGACUACAGUACAAGAUCCAUUCACUCCUUACUCAAGAGCAUUCCAUUUAAUCGCUUUUCAACUUAUAUUUUCAUUAGUUACGUAUUUACAAAGAGUUGAGUGGCUAGCGUCAGCAUCACUCGAUUUGUUCAACACUACAAUAUCUAUGAAUGGCAUUAUCGAGUUCUGUUCCAAAGUUUUUAAUUAUAUCGUAACUUUAUUCCCAAUUUUCAACAUGUUGGGGAUGAUUGGCAGUCUAAAAGACUCCUGGUUCGAUGUAUUCGAGACUUUACACUCCGUUUUCUUCGGAAAAAGCGGUUAUGUUACAUUUUAUAGCGCAAAUCUGGGAUUUUUAUUCGAUACGAUCAUUACCUUUAUUCUAUCGAUUUCCCAUAGCUAUCUGUCGAAGUAUAACUGGGCAGGAUACUUAUUGGAGUCGAUUUCCGUUGUUGUUGGAAUAUAUUUUUCAAGUAGCAGCCAAUUACCAUUUAUUUCUAAGUUGCUUGGCCUAGAAAGUCGUGAUUAUUAUGUUGGCGAUGGUCGUGGCCCAUUCAGAACAGCGUGGAUAGCAAUUGUAAAAGGAUUAUGGGCAGGAUUCCUUGUUUUCAUCAUUUUGAUGGUUUCCAAGGGCAACCAAGUAUUUCUAUUCACAGUCUGCGCAAUUUACUCCAUAACAGUAAUGAUAACCCAUUCAAUUUUGCCAAAUUUGACAUUUCGGAAUCCAUAUGGCAAGUUUUCAUCACCAUUUUUCGAUACCAAUGAGCAUUAUACCACGUACAUGAGGAUUAUGACAUUAAUAGAACAGAUAAUCCUUUCUCCGCUCUGUAUUGGCACAAUUAUUUCAAUAUCAGAGCUGAAAUCGUUCGGAUUAGUAUCAUGGGCCGAGUCAUCGAUCAGAAUAACAAUGGUCAUCGGUGUUUCAUGCAAUAUAUACCGUUCUCCAGUUGUUUUCGCGUUAAGUUACAUAAUUAUUUCAUUGGCCGGCCAAAUAACCGAUAAUGCAUUAUUCCAGUUCAUGGUUUAUUUCCUUAUCCUUAAGAAAAUCUCGGAAAUUCAUAGAAAACUUCAGUUCAUUUUGACAUAUUCUUCAUUCCACGCCAUGUCGAAGGGCAGACAAGUGUUCGUACUAUUCACGAUGCUCGCCAAUAUCCAGUUCACCGCUUUUGGCAUUCUGAUCUCUUCAAUUUUGAAUUCACCGAUGAUGCCGAUCGCAGGAUAUCCGUUUUUCCUUCCUAGCUACCCGCGACCAUCUGUUUUCUGGUACGAUCCGUGGAAAUACGAGCCACAGCCUGGCGAUGCCUUGUUUUACAAAGAUAUUUCGGACUCAUUGGCCGAAAAGUUCGCAACUGACGCAGAGAAAGGAAUUUUCCCACAUAUUUCAGAGAAUAUGUUCUUCCUCAUAUGCGAUGACCACUUCAACGCUAUCGUACAUGUUGUUUCUGCAGGAGUCGGAUAUGUGGUCUUUCAAUUACGAGGUCUAGAAGCAAGAGAUCAAACAUUAUGCCAUAGGAAUGAAUUGCAAAUAGUAAGAGCUGAUCUAGAUGCUGUAGAUGAAAUGAGAACUUUCAUGGCUUCAACUUUAUUAACUAGAUUUACAAGUUUACUAUGGCUGCCGAUCUCAAAACUCCUCAAAAUCCUCAAUUUACCUGAAGCACUGCCUCUCCGCCAGCGCGCGUUCGUUGCAAGCUGUUGUUGGCGAACAUUAAGAGAUGAUUACAUGUUGGAAAGCUACACGGUCUCAUCUAACAGGGUAUCGCUAUGUUUCCCUGAUAGAUCUCAUCAGGAUUUGGUCCAUUUGGAGCUCGUUCGUUGUUUGGCCGUAUCAUUAGAAGAAAGUGACGAUAUUUCUGUACCGGAAGAUUUACAAAUAACGCUACCGAGCGAUUAUGAAAAAGCUGCCAUAGAUUUCAUAGAAAAAACAGGAAAAACAGCGGUCAAACGCGAAAUUCUUGCUGUUUCUCAAAUCUUGGUAAACGAGAUGAACAAAUACCAAGGAGAUUUCGAAUGGAAGCUUUUCAAGUUCUUUUCCAGCUCUACAAUGCAUUUACAAAAUUAUCUAUGGAUUCCAGCAAGAGUUAAUGAAAAAAUAGUUGCAUCGUUUAGGUCUGCAGUAUCUAUUGCUGUCCAUCAUGCUGCUGGAACUCUUCCUGACGAAUUUGACGAAUUAUUAGAUAUGAUCAAAGAAUCUGUUACACAAAGACAUGUUUUACCUGAAUCCGAUCCAAGAUGGGCACCAUUGAUCCAGAAUAAAGAGCCAGAAUUGGAGACAAUGCGUCAAUACCAAGAUCAAGACGAAGUUUCUGUGAAAUACAUGAUGUUUACGAGAAGACAACAGAAGUUCAAGGUCAUUGAGAUAAAUGGUGAGCUUGUUAGAGGUAUCUGGGCCAGCGAAAUCAAUGAAACAGUAUUUAUGGAAUCAACUGACAGAGAAAGACCAAGUAUUCAGUUCGAUUCGUUCUUGUUGAGAAAUAUUAUUGCACAAUCUGCAAAUUCUCCUGUUGGAUACCCUGAAAUUGUUUGUCCUAUUUCAUUUAGUUAUUCUGAUUUCCUCAAAUAA